AUGACUGGUCAGAAGCGUCCGGAUUUCCACUCUCUGCCUCUCGGCCCAUCGGAUCCCCCUUUCUCAGCUUGGGGACUCUACGGAACCGACGAUGAACUAGGGACGUUGAACCUCCUUACAAAGGAGGUUGUUUUGGCGGCCAAGACUGAGAUCACUACCGGUAAAGCAAUCAGUUUGAAUCAUCCGAUCAACGUCCCGCUCCUGCCAAUGAAUCCAGAAAGGAAGCCGUGCAGUCAUCGGUUUAACGUUAAGUCACUCAGUAACGACGACGAGUUGGACAUCAACACGCAAAGUUCUAGUCAUUGGGAUGGUUUAAGGCAUGUUGGGUAUCGAGAGGGCCGACUAUUCUACAAUGGAGCAACUCAAGAGGAUAUCAGUGGACCAAAUGCCAACGAGCGAUGUGGAGUGCAAAAUCUCGCGAGAAAGACAAUUGUCGGCCGUGGUGUUCUGCUAGACUACCGCUCGUGGGCUACCGAGCAAGGCAUCAACUACGAUGCCCUCGAAACGCACCGGAUCACACUCGAUGAUCUCUUGAAAUGCUCUGAGUCCCAGGGAACUGAGUUCCAUCAAGGAGAUAUCCUUAUUAUCCGCUCGGGCUGGACGGAGGAAUACAACAAGCGAAGCGAUACCGAGAAGCGUGCCCUCGCCGCUCGUGCCUCUCGGACGUUUGUCGGUGUCGAAAAUUCUCUGGCAAUGGCUGAUUGGCAUUGGAAGACCGGAUUUUCUGCGGUUGCAGGCGAUACGAAUGCCUAUGAGGCGUGGCCCCCUGCCCUGUCCACGAGUGGCUCGACAUUGCCAUACUCUCUCCACGAAGUGUUCUUGGCA